CAGCUCGCACGGGAUUGCACCGGAGCCCCCAGACUGUUGCGCAUACAAACAAUAAUAACCCGCGUCUAAGACCGAAGGGGUAAACGAACCACACGUACAGAACACGGAGUUGCUUCCGUUGCCCUCACUUUGUCCACUCUCCUCAGUUCUGACAGCGUCCGACGUGACAGGGAUAUUUUGAGCGUUUCUUACAUUUUUCCAGUAAUAACUGAGACGGCAUCUUUGACAACUGGACUGAGAUGACAAAGCAAUGGAGUUGAGCUGCAAAGAAGUGCCUCUUUAUGGGCAAGAGGCGGCCUUUGCUGUUUUGGAAACAUCACAGGUUUUGCCAGAAAAGGCAGAGUUGUAUUUAAUGUAUGAAGGCUCAAGUCAAGAUCUCAUCACCGAGGCAAAGAGGGCUGAUGGAAACACACUAGAGUUUUUGGUUCCAGGUCAUAACAUACCAGAAAAUGUAACGGUGACAGCCUUUGCUAAUACUGGUGACAACUCCAUCUGUAUCCUAGGCAAGAGUUCUCUUAAGUAUAUCAAUAAUGAUAUUGUGGAACUGGCUCAGUUCUUGGUGGAUAAUUCCCAUUGCCUAACUACAGGAAGCCAUCUUACACUGAUUUCAAGAUUUGGAAUGACCAAUGAAGUAAACGAGAAUAUAGAUAAAAAAAUUGUUCUUGCUCUUUCUCACCUGGAGCUCCCUUUUUCUUGGAACAUCUUGGGAAAUCAGCCUGGUGAAGAAGUCAGAACCAGGGAAUCCUUGCUUCAUCUGUCUGUAAGAUUAGGCUGGUUUCAUCUCACACAAUUUCUGCUGUGUCAGCCAGGUGGUUUAAUUGCUUUGUCUUUGCCUUCUGAAGAAGGGGUCACUCCAGUGCAGCUAGCUAUACAAAAUGGACAUGAAGAUCUGGUGCAGCUGCUUCAAAAUCCUCCAAAUCCCCUUGUGACUCCUUUGGCUGGAAUUUCUCACAUACAGACUGACAGCUACAGCCUUUUAAAGUUCUGUCAUCUAACUAAGUCCUUGACUUUAACAAUCAAACAUGGUAUGGAAAGGACGAUAGAAUCAAGCAUUGAGUUUCUCAGGAAGAAUUUGAAGGAUAAUAAUUUCCUUAGAGAGCUUGAAAUCCAGAAACCUGACUGGCUGGAGAACAAAGUUCAAAAUGAAGACCUGAAAACCAAAUGUAUUCAAGUGCAAGACUUUUUACAUGAUGGAAAUGAUGGAAACCAUGAGCAGCUUAAUAAUGCUUUGAUGCCACUGGUGAAUGAUAAAGAUGGAGAAAUGGCAGAAUUAGGUGAAGACAACAGCAGCUCAUUGUCAGAUGCCUUUAAGAAAAACAAAGACCGUCCUACUUUUAGUGCCGCUGCACGACUUUCAGCCAUGUUGAAUGCAAAGGAUGAAAUCUAUGCCAAUUCUAUGGUCGUGGAGCAGGUUAAUGAUCUAAAUAUCAAAUAUAGUUCUCAUGAGAUCAAUAGUGGAGCUGUUCAGGAAGAGAAAUAUGCUUCAGACCAAGGAGAGAUGUAUCACCAACAAAGUGCAGAUCAAAUCCUAGAAGAAAUGCCUUCAACGUCUAAUCACAAUCUAGGGCACUUUCAUGAGAAUAUGGAUUUAACAGACAGAGAUACUAACACAGAGAUUGUGCCCCCUAUCUCACCUGUUAAUCUGGCCCUGCAAAGACUGAAUAUGACACAUCGGCCUCAUGGGUUUAACCAAGGAGGAAGUCAGUGUGAUAGCAAGAUAAACAAACAAAGUCACAGUUGUGAUGGGCUUGAUGGUAAUAGUGAAGAAGAGGAUAAUGUAGAGGGGUCACUGCCAUUCGAUGCUUCACCAUCUCCCAAAUCUACACCUGUUCAGCAGACAAGCAGUGGGGAUGAGUUGGACUACUUUGAAAUAUCCCCAGAGUAUAGUGGAAAUAGAAACAGGUCGAUUUCUUCAGCCAACAAAGCUUUUGCAAAGGAACUUAUGGAAUCUGGACUUCGGCUGAGAUCUUAUUCAUAUUCUUCUCCUAAAGUAUCUAUGACCAUGCCAAGCUUCAUUCGGGACUCUGGAGCUGCGAGCCACACAGAAGAUGGAGUAUUCAACCACAGUGGGAGAUCCCUUCUGCAGGCUCUUUCUUUGUCUAAAUCAGUGUCUCUCCUUCACCCUGGUAAGCACCGUACUUACAGUUUACCAGAACACCCAAAAGAAAAAAGAAUUGAAGAAGAAGAGUGGGAUAAGUAUAUCAUCCCAUCAAAGACAGAAUCUGAGAAGUACAAAGUGAGCCGCACCUUCAGCUUCUUGAAAAACAGGAUGUCAGGCAAAAGGGAUAAGAAGGGAAAGAAUAAGGAAAAAGAUGGAAAGGACAAAUUAAUCCAUGGCCACCAGUUUGUAAGUGGCUCAUUUUCUGGACCUACUCUCUGCUUGGUGUGUGACAAAACCAUUGUUGGGAAAGAGCUUUUUCAGUGUUCUAACUGCACGAUUAAUAUCCACAAACACUGCAAAGAAAGUGUUGCACCAUGUAUUAGGAGGCUGAGCACGUCAAUCAAAAACAAGCCAGUGACCACUCCACAGUCUUCAUCAGCAAAGGAUGUACCUCUUCCAUCUCCUCCAACGAACAGCUGGUCUUCCACUAUACCCAUAGGAAUAUCCAAAGAUACAAGACGAGAAUCCUACUCUCAGAAUAAUCUACAUUCAAAGAAUGUGUUUGGCCCCAGUGUUGACCGGAAAUCUAAUGACAUCAUGGAUUCUGAUGUAGACAAUAACAGUGCAAAAAGCUGGUCCCAAUCUGAGGAAAUGCUUCAAGUAUUUGGAACAUCUCCCUCCACGGAUACAUUUCCAUUGGAAGACAUGAUUGAUUCUCCUCUAAGAAAUGACUUUAUGGCAGAUUCAGUGGAAUAUGAGGCAGAGUCAUGGAGCUUGGCAGUUGAACCAGAAUUCUGCAGCAAGCAGGAAAAAUCGAUUAUUAAAAGACAGGAUGUUAUUUAUGAACUGAUGCAGACGGAAAUGCACCACAUCCAGACCCUGAUGAUCAUGUCUGAAAUCUUUAGAAAAGGAAUGAAGGAGGAAGUGCAGUUAGAUCACUGCAUUGUGGAUCGUAUCUUCCCUUGCCUGGAUGAACUGUUUGAAAUUCACAAGGGUUUCUUCUCCUCGAUGACAGAGAGACGACAGGAGUCUAUGACAGAGGAUAGUGACAGAAAUUUUGUAAUUGAUAGAAUUGGUGAUAUUCUUUUGCAGCAGUUUUCAGAAGAAAGUGCUGUCAGAAUGAAACUAGUUUAUGGAGAAUUUUGCAGUCAUCACAUCGAUGCUGUAAACUUUUUCAAAGAGCUUCAGCAGCAAAACAAGAAAUUCAACAGUUUUAUCAAACAACAAAGCAAUAAUUUCCUUGUCCGACGGAGAGAAAUUCCUGAAUGUAUCUUAUUGGUGACUCAACGGCUCACAAAAUACCCAGUACUGUUGGAGAGGAUUCUGAAAUAUUCCAAAGAAGGCUCCGACGAACAUGCAGACCUGACAAAAUCCUUGGGACUGGUAAAGGAUAUUAUUGCUGCAGUUGAUUUAAAGGUUAAUGAAUAUGAGAAAGAGCAGAAGUUGCUUGAAAUCCUCAGUAAAAUUGACAACAAGACGUUUGCCAGGCUUAAAAAGGGAAACUUCCGGAAGCAUGAUCUGAUGAACAGAAAGCGGGUUCUUCACCAUGAAGGAGUUGUUUUCUGGAAAACUGCCACUGGAAGAUUGAAAGAUAUACUGGCUCUCCUACUUACAGAUGUUUUAAUAUUUCUACAAGAGAAGGACCAGAAGUAUGUAUUUGCUGCAGUGGAUCAGAAGCCACCAGUCAUUCCAUUACAGAAACUAAUUGUAAGAGAAGUAGCCAAUGAGGAAAGAGGAAUGUUUUUGAUUAGUGCCUCCACUUCAGGUCCAGAGAUGUAUGAAAUUCACACCAAUACCAAAGAGGAGCGCAACACCUGGAUGCGACUAAUACGAGAAGCUGUGGAAAGUUGUCCACAGGAAGAGGAUAAGGAAGGUGAAACUGAAGAAGACAGACAGAUGGCAGAGGCAAGGAUACAGAAGAUACACAAAUUUCAGGAAAACCUGCAUAGUCACGAUGAACAAAUUUGCCAAAGUCUCGAAGAGAAACUGAAUAUAUACAGCAAGCUCACAGCCCUGGAUUUCCCUUGUCAGCCUGUCUCAGAGCAUCACUUACUGAUCAAACCUGACCCAGAGGAGGUGCCACAGGCAGCUGCCCUUUUGACAACUGCUAUCAAAGAAGUUGAAAAACUACUUAGUACACUUACUUUGGAAUCCUUCUGUUCUGACGAGAGUAUUGGAGUGUCAGAUUCAUCAGUAAAACUGAAAGAUUCUGAAAGUUGUGAGAGUAUUCCAGAAUUUCCACAUGAAUCCAUAAAAUUAAAUGCACAAAGUUCUUCAUCUUUGACAUCUGAAUUUGAAGUACGGGAAGGUGAACUGUCAUACCCUGAUCAGUAUGUAUCACAUGCACUUAAUGAAUUUCAGCCAGGGGACCUCAACCAUUUGGAACUGAAGGUGGCACAAAGUGUGCAGAGUUUGUUACAGCUCAUAUACAGUUUACAGGCUGCAGUGACAAUUCAGGACAGUUGCUUUGAAAUUCAGAAGCUCCUCCUUCAGGAAACUGAACGACUGCCCAGAUAUUUUUGUGGUCGUGGCAAUCAUCUGCUGGAACAGGGGAGGCAACGCAACAUGGAGAAGCACCGAGAAGAAAUGGCCAGUGUACAACAACUGCAGAGUCAGCUGAGGCAGGAGCAGCAACGCUGGGAACGUGAGUGUAGCCAACACCAGCGACAGCAAGUAGAAUUGGACAAUGAAUUGGAGCAGCGAGAACGGAACUGUGUUUUGCAAACAGAGCAGUUACGACGGGACCGGGAAGAUCUAGAAAAUCAACUGAAGGAAUAUCAACAAAACCUGGAAAGAUUGCGAGAAGGACAACAACUGGUAGAAAAGGACAGGGAAGAAUUAGACAAGCAGCAGGCGAUGCUGCACGGCUGGAAGCACAAGCGGCAAAGUAGCCUCCCGGUUAUGAUUGCUUUUCCUCUAGCCAAAACACAGGUGCCUUCUCAUACCCGGAAAGAAAGUUUAGAUGUUCAUGGUUGUGGCUCCAUUUUUGUGAAUGAAGCUGCCUUUCAGAUGUCACUGAAUAACCACCCACAGUCCAGUACCUCUGUACCCCCCGAUACUCCCAGUGUUCAUAAUAGUUUGAACUCUCUGAUUGCACAAGCCAACAACAUUGUAAGUGAUCACAGGAUUGAACACCUUUACCAACCACAAAUUUCAAACAGUGCAAAUGCUUGGCCAUCAUGUACCCAGCAAUGGAUACCCACUCAUCCAGUCACUCCACUAAGAGGAGACCUAGCAGAACCUAACAACGAUAUCAGUGGACAUAUGUUUGAUGCAAACCAAUCCAUGCCAGGACAAAGUGUUGCAUCAAGUUUAAGUCAACAGUUUUCACAGUCUUCAGCAGUUAAAUUACAGAUCAACCAACAGACAUACAUCAGUGUGGAACCAGAAAAUGGACUAGAUGGGAGUGAAGAAAAUAUUGUUUACCUCUGAUAGUCUUUGCUGAGAAAUAAGACUGUUUUGUUAUACUUUGUAAUUUCAUUUGAUUGAUGUUUAUGGGAAAUAUUUAUACAUCUUAAAAAUACUAGUUUACUUCUAUAAAUAAUUGUAACUCUUGUAAGUAUGUGUGUUUGUGCAUAUAUAUAUAUUUACAUAUUGUAUGUAUGUAUGUAUGUAUGUAUUAAUGAAUGUUUGUGUAUAUAUAGAGAGAGAGAGUAAGAGAGAAUUUCUUUGUGCUGUGAAUGACUGGCAUGUUCAGAUUUCAUUCUUUUGUCAUCUUGUAUUGAAAUGCUAAUACAUCAGAUAGCCAAGGAUCUACAUAGUUGUAAAAAUAGAGUACACUGUAAAUGUGUGAUAUUAAAUAGGAAUCAGGUUAAAAAAUUCAAUUUUUUUCAGACUUGCUGCUUGUAAUACUAUAUUUGACCUGAUUCUCUUUUCACAUCUAUCUUUCAUUUAUCUAAAAUAUUCUGUACACAAUUUAUACCGUCAAUAACGUCAAUUCUUUUUGAUUUUUCACAAUUCUAAGUGGCUAAUCACAGUCACAAAGUUUUCAGGAAAAUUUAACAACAAACACUUGAAACAAAACAUCAUAUAAUAUGCGUGUGUAUAUAUGUGCAUUUGUGCGUCUGUAUGUAUCAAUGUCUAGUUCUGGAACUGUAAAAAGAGCUUUCAAAUAAGUACUAAAUUAUACAUUAUGUAUAUACUGGUUGAUUUUUGAGCAGCUUUUAUGUCUAAACUCUAUGAAAGUUAGUACAGAAUAGGCCAACCCAUGCCUUAGAGUGUUUAAUACUCAGUGAGAAAUACACAUCUAACUAUUGCACCUGCUGAUGUCAAGUAACCAUUAAGAACUAGUAAUGCCUUUGUAUUUAUGCCUCCUUGUCACAUUUUCUAUUUCUCUGGGCAGAUUAUCUGAAGAAACAUGUCUAUCAAAGCCAUUGCUUUAAUUUAUGCUUUAUUGGUUUCAUGCUGAAAUAUGCAUUGUGAUGUUAUGUAAUUUUGUCUAUUGUUACCAUUUUCUGAAACUCUUUUUUUAAUAGGCAAGCACUAAAUAAUGCAAGUGUUGCCAUCAACAUUUUUUCAAAGGUAGGAAUGGAGUAUGGUCCAUGUGCUAAGUGCACUAGAAUUGUGUCAAGAUUUUUCUUGUGGCUAUUGGUUCACUCCUUGUCUGUACUCCAAUUUAAAAGAAUGAGCAAUAUUAAUAUAAUUCUGUUCAUGUAAAGUGCCUUAUGAUAGUUUUGCACUAUACCUUCAUCUUUCUAUUACUAGACUAGGUUUUACUUUAUAACCAAUGUUUUCCUUUUGACAGCUCUUAGUUACUUUCAUUUCAGAGAUAUAGCAAAUUGAAGACUCUGUGUGUGUGUGUAUGUGUGCAUGUGUGUUAUGAGCCCAUUUGGAAAAAUGAUACAGUGGACAUUAUCAUCGUUUUCUAUCAUUUUUCAGUUUUAAUAUGCAUGUGGCACCAGGUCUUUAGUUAUAUUCUGUCUCUCCUAAAUGGAAUUUCUUUAAAAAAUGUCAGUUUGCAUACUUAACAGAUGUAUGUAAUUCUGUGCUGCUGAUUAUAAAGUUACUUUAAUAUAUACAGUGGGCACAAAGUUAUUGGCAGACUUUAUAAAUUUGAACAAAAAUCUUUAUAAAAUAAACAGCAAAGUUAAAAAAAAAACAUGGCCAAUGAAAUAGGGACAUACUUUAGGCCUGUAGUCUAAUAUAGUUAUUUCCAUACAAAUAGUUUUAUAUACAUUAUGAUGUUUUACCUCUUAGAAACAUUGGCGUCAAAACUCUUUGAAUCUUUUUUUUAAGAAAACAAAGAAAAUUAAGAUCAUUUAGAUACAACUUUUUCUUUCUCUACAAUGUGUUUUCAAAACAAUUUGCUGUUAGUGUGUGAAGAACAAAACAAAUGACAAGUUUUUGAGAUGAAUCAUUGUUAUUCUCACAUCUGAGGUAAUGGACACAAUAGUGUGUGAAGAACAAAACAAAUGACAAGUUUUUGAGAUGAAUCAUUGUUAUUCUCACAUCUGAGGUAAUGGACACAAAAAUACUGAAUAUAAUACUUAGCACUAUUAGGACAAUACUCUACGUAAUUUAGCACCUUAUUUAACUUAAAGUGGACAAAAAUGCAUCACACAUUUUUAAAAGGGUGACGAGGAAGGCAAAAAGCAAUUCAGCACUCACAUUUGAUAAGUGUACUACCUAGUUAGAUCCUAGAAUCACCAAAUCUCUAGCAGUUAGUUGGUAAUUACUGUACUUUCUUGCUAAUGGGCUUCUUCAAUGGCUUGCUUGGAGAAUGUGCAUGAAUGUAAAAAAAUCCUACCCAGCUUGAAAUAUAUGGCAAAUAUGGUAAUGAGGCAUUAAAAUUGUAAGUAUGUUUUGAGGGAACCAACCCUGGUUCCUUUGUUACAAUUAAUCGCAUCAUGAAUCUGGUUGUAUCUGCUAGAUAUCUAGAUAUCAUGGGUGGAUGUACAGUUGCAGCAUGACAAUUACCAUAAACACAAUUUAAAGCCAUUAAAGGAUCAGUUAACUGAAAACAAAAGGAAGAUUUUUGCAAUGGCUAUCUCAAUAUUUUCUCUUAAACCCAAGUGAAAACCAGUGUCCUCAAUUAAAGAUGUUAAUCUAUUAAUUGUAGACCACACAGUGUGAAGGAUCAAUCAAAAGUCUGCAUUGAAAAAAGUCCAAGGGUCCCUUGCAACAUAUUUUUUUGUUUGUGCUAGCGAGUAUUGCACCAUGUACUUGGAAACAAGCAAGCCAAUCAUAAUGACACCCAUGUUUCUGAGAUAACUAUCUCAAAUUAAUCUAUUUUGGAAAAGGGUAACUUUGUAGCUCUUCCACAUUUUCUCAAAAUAAUUCAUUUCUUUAAAUACUUUAUCUGGGGAUAAAUGAACUAAUGAAUGAAUAAAACAACACUUUCUACACUUGGCACACCAAUGUGUUACUUAUUUGGAAGUAAGUGAUUAUAAAUUAUUUUAAUAAGUUGGACUAAAUGUGAUGGUGUAGCUGCUCUAAUAAGGUGCUUAUCCAUGUUCAAGUCUGCACAAUUUUCCUGGUCCAGAGAGUGACUGACGACAUGUUGCAUGUUGGUCAGGCACACAAGUAAUAAUUUCUUUGGACUCUGUGCAUUUAAGAAAACUGCUACUACUCAUGAACAUAUAUUGGAAUAAAAGCAUAUCAUUUUACUAAUUUGUGGACACAAAAUAGUACUGCUGCCUUACAGCUCCAGAGUGUGGAAUUUGAAUGCUGGUCUGGUCUGGAGUUUGCACGCUCUUUUGACAGCCCAUGGAGUUGUAUGUUAGGUUAACUGGUGACUGUAAAUCUGCCCAGUAUGAGUGAGUGUGGAUGUGGGAAUGAAUGUUUCCUUUUCAGAGUUCCUUCAUGGCUUGUGCCUGAUGCUGCUGGAAUAGAGUCCAGCCCCAGUGACCCAGAAUUAGACUAAGUGAGUGCAAUAGCUUAUUAUCUGUGAUGUUUAUUUUGUUCAUUUUUAUUAAAGGUGCCAAUAACUUCUGAGCUCCAUGUAGGAGUACUGUGCAAUAGAAUGGUGAAUGGUUCUUCUCUUGACAGCUGUUGCUGUCGGAGCUAAUUAAUAUUAAUUCAAGGUGACAUUCGUUAUUUAAAACUAUUGUUUACGUGGUAAAACAUACUGUACUUUAAAUUCUUUGGCCUUUGGCCCAUUAAUGUUCCUUAACAUUGCAUUUUUUUUUUCAAAAUGUAAUGUUUAAAGUCUUACAAAAGGAAUAGUAUCUGGUAUGUGCAGUAAAACAACCAGCAGCUGGUAAGCUUGUUUUCAAUAUAGUGCUUUUUUUGAAAUGUACCUUCAUGUGUGCCGUUGUGAUGCUAUUGCACUGAAUAAUAAGGGACACUUUUUUCCACUAAUGUGUUACUGGAUGCCUUCUUAAUCAGCAGGUUUUUAAUGACUAGCUGAAAAAUAAAUGUCACUCACUUAUUUGUUUGAGACAGUAUAAAAAAUAAGUGUGGCUGCAUCACGUUACCAAAUAUAACAAAACAUUUGUUUUCUUUGUAGCAGUACAAGGCAAUUUAUAACUGAGUGUUGAACAUAGAAGGUUAUUGUCUAUGCAAUAUACAUUAUUUUAAUGUGAGUUUCUUUUUUAUGUAUUUUUAGCUACAGUGUAUUUUUUAAAUAAAUGAAAAGUUG